UCUAUCUUUUGGCCUCAACCAGAACCGGUUGUCAGUGGAGCUCUGUGAGCGGUACCCUCUGCCUUUUACUCCUUCGUCAGCACACAACGGCCGUCAGAUCUUCCUCAGGCAAGCCAUGACAGCCGGGGACAGAGAAGAGACAGGCCGCGAGGCCGGGCUUUCUGUGUCCGCUUUUACAGGGCCGAGCUGGUUCCUCCUCAUCCUGACAGAGCGGCGCAGUAACGCGGGGGUGGCCCCAGCCCCGCCCCGCCGCGCAGCGCGCCGUCCGUGCCUCACCUCAGCGGGCAGCUGUCCCCGGCCCAGGCCGGCCUGCCGGCGAGGCGGACACCGGUGCGCGGCGCCGACGCCAUGGCCGCGCCGCUAAAGGGAGGGAGAGGGAAGGCGAGGGUUGCGAGGUGUUGUCGUAUCGUCACUUCCUACCGGCGGAUCUGCAUCCGGGUUGGAGAGCAGGACGUAUCGGGAGGAGCUCAUCUUCGUUUCCGUCCGGAGGGGCUGCUCGGCGCCGCCCGCGGGCCCGGCCCGGCGUCUAAGGAUACAUGUUCGCUUCAAGUAGAAAGGAGCAUGUUCCCAAAUUCCUCCAACUUGGUUCGUCCACCCUUCCCUCCAAAACAUCAACAACACUGUAAUUUCUUCAAUAAGCUUCCUCUAAAUAUACCACCUACUCUUCUAUCUCACCAGCAAAGUAUUUAUGCUGAGAUUAAUUUUCAGAAUGCAGUUCUUUCUAGGGCUCUUUUGAGUGGGAACCUUGCAGCUGUUCCAGCUGUUGCAUUGCAGCCAGUGACUUACGGAAAUGGCAGUUCAGGACAUAGGUCUGAUGCUUCCACGUCAUUCCGGGGAAGAAAGAGACUAAGUGAACAAAGAGUUCCGCAUGAUGUCAAACGGCAGCGGUUUCAUUCACGACGCCCUGAAACAAUUGUCGUUAACCAAGCAGUGCCUUUACCAGAAGAACGCAGAUACUCCUUCCCAGGAUCAGUUCAAUCUCCACUGCUCUAUGCAUGUCACCUACCAGAUUUAAUUGGAUGUACCCCUCCACUGCGAGAUAUUUUGUUUCCAGACCCUACAGAAACCACGCUCCCUGUGGCCAAAGAUAAGUCUUCUGUGUUUCAUGUAUUGCAUCUCUGGCAGCAAAGAAUGUUCACUUCUCUGUAUAUUUACUUUUUGCAUGUGGGUGUCAAGUUAAGUCAGCAGGUUUUGGAUUUGUUUCAAGUAUGUCAGCAACAGACCUGUGAUUUGAACAGAAAAGAGCUCUGCAGAACAGAACUCCAGAGAGAGAUUCAGCGAAUUUUUCCACAGAGUCGACUCUUUUUGGUUGGGUCCUCACUGAAUGGGUUUGGUACUCGUAGCAGUGAUGGUGACUUGUGCCUGGUGAUUAAAGAAGAACCAGUAAAUCAGAAGACUGAAGCAAGGCAUAUACUCAGCUUAGUCCAAAAACUCUUCAGUACUAAACUUUCAAGCUACAUUGACCGACCUCAGCUGAUUCGAGCAAAAGUGCCAAUAGUGAAGUUCAGGGAUAAAGUCAGCUGUGUGGAGUUUGACUUGAAUGUAAACAAUGUUGUAGGAAUAAGAAAUACAUUCCUUCUGAGAACCUAUGCACACAUUGAGAAUCGAGUUCGUCCGUUAGUACUUGUUGUUAAGAAGUGGGCAAGUUUUCAUGACAUAAAUGAUGCCAGUCGUGGUACUUUAAACAGCUAUAGUCUUGUAUUGAUGGUUUUGCACUAUUUACAGACCCUACCUGAACCCAUCCUUCCAUCCCUCCAAAAAAAUUACCCAGAAUCUUUUGAUCCUGCUAUGCAGUUGCAUCUUGUUCAUCAAGCUCCACGUACCAUUCCUCCUUACCACUCAAAAAAUGGAUCAAGCCUUGGGGAUUUGCUAAUAGGCUUCUUCAAAUAUUAUGCCACAGAAUUUGAUUGGAGCCACCAGAUGAUUUCAGUUCGUGAGGCCAGAGCUAUUCCAAGACCUGAUGGUACUGAAUGGAGAAACAAAUUUAUUUGUGUAGAAGAGCCCUUUGACGGGACAAACACGGCUAGAGCUGUACAUGAGAAACAGAAGUUUGAUAUUAUCAAAGGUGAAUUUCUGAAGUCUUGGCAGAUAUUAGAAGACAAGAAAGACCUGAACUGUAUAUUACCUUUAAGACCAACAAUACAUAAAAGAUAAUCAGCUUCUUUCACUUCCUUCUUAUUGGAUCCUGCUGAAAUAAAGAACGGUAUCAAAAUCAAGAGGCAGUUACCACAGGUUUUUUAAUGAUCUGUUUUUCUCUGUAAACUUUUGUUAAUGAAAUGUUUAUAAUAAAGAUUGUGUAUUUUAUUAUUGA